AUUUUCUCCGUUCGCUGCCGUUCGGGUGAGGUAGAGUUCGAGCGGCUUCGCUGGUUCGCGUGUGGUAGAGCUUCGAGCCAGUAAAUUGACAUUGCCUGUCUAGGGUUUGCUCUUCCUCUUCUGCAUUUAUUCGCUGUUGUUCUGCUUCUCGUGAAGUAGAGUUCGGAACGGGUCCAAGCUUCUUCGCCUCCUCCUCCGACGUUGUUCCUGUCGGAUCAGAAGUCGCGCCGGGAGCUAGCCGCGAAGCUAACGAUAUUUCUCCCCUUUCGUGCUCUUCUUCGGUCGGGAUUCUUUUUCUCAUGCCACACGAAUGCCUUAAAUCCGCCGAACCGAAGGAUUUUUCGUAAAUCCGGGAUUUACCACGAAAAGAGGGAAUUUUCCGUUAACCGCGGCUUUGAUUUACCGUGAGAUUUGGUUUUACUUUUUUGGCCGUUUAGCUGGAUUUAGCUCAAAUCUGCCCCAAAUCCAGCCUAAAUCCUGCAUCCAAACAGCCCCUUAUUUUUGCAAUUCGAGAAAAUGAAGCGGGGCUAUGGCGAACCCCCCUCCGCUUCCUAUUCUUCUUCCCAAUUGAAGCGAAAAUGGAAUUCAUUCGACGAGUCCUCUAGUUUUGCUGACGAAAGCACGAGGAAAGCUCGGAAGGUGGCGGACCAUUACAGUGCAAGGUCGAAUCAAACCCUAGAAGAGCGCGAGGCUAGCCCUAUCAUACACCUAAAGAAGCUUAACAACUGGAUUAAAAGUGUCCUCAUUCAACGUUAUGCUCGCAGGGGUGAUGCUGUUCUCGACCUGGCUUGUGGGAAGGGUGGUGAUCUUAUCAAAUGGGAUAAGGCACAAAUUGGAUAUUAUGUUGGUGUUGAUAUAGCAAUAGGAUCUAUAAAAGACUGCAGAACCCGUUACAAUGGUGAUGCAGACCAGCAACAACGCAGAAAAAAGUUUUCAUUUCCUGCUAGACUUAUUUGCGCAGAUUGUUAUGAGACUCACUUGGAUGAGUAUCUGAGUGAUGAUGGUCCAUUCGAUAUAUGCAGUUGUCAGUUUGCCUUACACUACUCAUGGUCAACUGAAGCACGAGCAAGGAGAGCAUUGGCCAAUAUAUCAGCCUUGCUUCGACCUGGAGGUUACUUCAUUGGAACCAUGCCAGAUGCUAAUGUUAUUAUUAAAAAGCUUAGAGAUGGUACAUUCUUUGACCUAUACCAGAUAUUUCAUGUUUGUUUUUCAAACUUAAUGUAAUUGCGUCAUUUCUUUUGGUUUUUAAAUUUAUUCCGGUUCUUCAUGUUUUUUUCUCUUACCCCUUUGUUUGUUGAAUUGGAAGAGCUUUGGUCCCAAGUCUUAUUUCAUCAGUCAUUGUUAACUUUGUUGUGUGUGGAAUUGCUGACCUUUGCAAUCGUUGAACUCAUUAUCCUAUAGGCUGUCAUACAUGGUUAAUAUGCACCAUGAAUUGAUGAGAUUGCAUCAUUGGUAACAGUUACACUCCAUAAUUGGAUUUCUUAGAAGAAUUUUAUGCCCCUAGAUAGUACAGUUACACUUCAUGUUUAAAAUCGUGAUUAAGAAUAUGAAUGGAGGGAAUAAUUGUAUAUGUAUAUAAAUAUAUAUGUAUAUAUAUUAAAAAUAAACACAGGUAUCACAAUCACUAAAUCGGAGGAGAGUUGAAGACAUAUACCGGGGUUGAUUUUUCCCCAUAAGCCCUUGAUCGUCGAUUUUAAUCAGAUUGAGCAGACUUGAAAGGGCAAGUG